GCACCAUAUUGAGAGAGGUGAGGGAAGGAGAGUAAGGGAGGGAGGGAAGGAGAGGAGGAGGAGGAUGAAGUUUCUUCCAGCUGUUUUUCUAAUAGACUAAGAGUUGUAAGAGUUGUAGAGAGAGAGGGAACUAAUGAGCGAGCAAAAAGGGGUAGGCGAAACGAAUCAUCUUACACAUUGAGUAUUGAGGAAACUACGAGGAGAGUAAAGAAGGGAUGGGGAGACUUGGAUAGCAACAGCAGAAAAGAGCAAGAGAAAUUUGACCAACAGUGGAAUGAGUAUUAGGAUGGAACAGCCCUGCUAACAUAAGAGGAGAGAAAGACAUACCCAAAAAUGUCGACGCUCCCUAGAGAACCCAAUGAGGACUCCAGGAUGCAGAGCUUCUGGAUGCCAGGGAACUAUGAACGAACCGUCCGACGCACUGACCAGUCCUUCCAUGCAUGUAAAGAUAUCAUGGCCUGUUUCAAUGAGAGGGCCAAAGUAGAGAAGCAGUACGCCCAGCAGCUCAGUGAGUGGGGCAGCAAGUGGAAGGCCAUAGUAGACGCCCGGCCGCUCUAUGGCUCCCUUAUGAGGGCGUGGCAGUGUUUCUUCUCCUCCGCUGAGCGUCUAUCCAUUCUCCAUUCCUCUAUCUCCCAGUCCCUCGUUACAGAGGAGGGGGACAGAGUAAAGAGCUGGCAGAAGGAUACCUUCCCUAAGAAGAUAUUCUGUGGAUUCCGUGAGACCCACGAAAACGAGACAGGGUUUGCACGCGCUCAGAAACCCUGGGCCAAGAGGCUGGGAAAGCUGGAGAAAGCCCGUGGUGCAUACCAUAAGGCUUGCCAUAAGGAACAGAUAGCCAUAGACAGAGAGACGCAGGCCAAGGAGAACACAGAGCUGAGUCCUGAGAAACUGAAAAAGAUCCAAGACGCUCGAGAGAAGGCCAGUGUGGAGAAAGACAAAGUCCGCGAGAAAUAUGAGAAGGUGUUGGAGGAUGUAACGUCCUAUGCGCCUCGCUACAUGGAGGAGAUGGAGGCCAUUUUUGACCAAUCGCAGGAGGAGGAGAGGAAGAGGAUCAGCUUCCUCAAACAGGCCUUCCUGUCCAUCCACAGACACCUGGACAUCACCAACAAUGAAAGUGUGAAGACCGUGUACAGUGAGCUCCACCACACCCUCACGUCCAUCAGUGAGGCGGACGAUCUAAGGUGGUGGAAGAACAACCACGGCCCAGGCAUGCCCACUGACUGGCCAACGAUUGAGGAAUGGAUCCCACCUGUAAAGAAGCCGAAAAAUAAAAAAAGAGACAAGAAAGGCCAGAAGGAUAAACCUGUGAUGAUUGGAGGAGUGAAGGUGCGAGCUCUGUAUAAUUAUGUUGGAGAGGAAAGUGAUGAGCUGUCCUUUAAAGCAGGUGAGGUGUUCCUGAAGGUUGAGGAGGAGGACGACCAGGGGUGGUGCAGGGGGAUGCUGGACGGAGGGAAUGACGGCUUCUACCCUGCCAAUUAUGUGGAAGUUGUGCAGUGAUGUCAUCCUACCACUCUCAAAACUCUCAAGCAUUAUGUCAGCAACUUUUUUAAUGAAAUGUGCAUGUCUUCAUGGAAAAAUCCACUUUGGUGCAAAAUGACUUUGAAUUUUGAUUUGACUGAUUUAACGUAAAAGGUUGACGCUCACAAUGGUAUAAUCAUCAAGCUGAAAUGUGUAAUGUUACCAAUACCUUAAAGAGAGACAUACAAUUCCCUUAAUUAUUUUACAAUCUAACCUAAAUGGUUUGAGCUCAAUAUAAAUGAACUUCUAUCACACGCUAUUUCUACUUUUGCAGGUGGUUGUGGGCAGGGACACAUUUGGCUGCCUCUGUCACUACUUUAAAAUGAUUUAAUUAGCAGUAUUAGUAUUUACCCUUGACCAGGAAAGACCACACGUUUACAGUGAUUUGUGUAUGCUGAUAUUAAAAUCUGAAAGCUGUAUGAUAAUGCAUAUUAUAUAUGAUUGAAGGACAUACAUAAUUCUUAGUAAACUAAGUUCUACAAGUGGCAUUGGGUUGUAUUAGAAAAGUAAAAGUCCUAAAUCUUUA